CGUUUAAAAAAAAAAAAAAAGUUUUUGCGAAAAGUCGCACAUCAAAUCUAACUCGAUCGCAUUCAGUUGAUAUAAGAUCAACAUCAACAUCAUCUUCUUUUCACUAACAAUUUUCCGUCUUUAAUUCGACCCGAUCGAUCAAAGGAGUCUCCAGUUGCCAAUAACGAAGCCGAAUCAAGAGCUCAGCUCGGUUUGAUUGCUUGCUUGCUUUUCUCGGCAACUGAACUCACUGACUCUUCUUUCCUUGUCUCAUCUCCCCCAAACGUGCACACUACUUUACCUUACUUUAUACUCGCACUGCGCUGCACUACACUGCACUGCACUUUCCUUUCUCCCACCCCUAUACAUACAAACCCAAUCCCCUUGCGCCGACGGAGAAAGGGUACCUACCCAAGGUAUCUACUACCUUUUGCCUUACUUAUUAGGGUGUGCAUGUUGUUGGCUGGCGGCGUGCAAUUACAGGGCCAACAGCUGAUCUUUUUUUCUCUUUCUUCUCCCAUUUAUUAUCCAACUCUCUCAUAAUCGAGAACUCUGACACGCGCCUUUCUCCAACUCCUGUCUUCGCGCCACAAGAGACCUCCAGAAUGGCAUCCAAUACUCAUAUGAAUGACUUGGUCAGUCGAUUUAAUGCUCUCCAGGCCCGAGAAAUGCCUGAGCAGAAAUAUAUCAAGGACCUUGUAGAAAGAUUGCAUGCUCUGCAAGAAACAAAUCAUAUCCUCCAAGAAAAGCUUGCCGACGCUAACUUGGGUUUGAAUCAUAUGAGCCAGCUCCGCAAACUCUAUGAAGGCACUCGACUGCAAUGCGAAACGCUCACUGCGGACCUCAGUAACCUCAGGGUACAUACAUGUCACUCACCGGCGCACAGAGCGCAGAAGCUGACAUGUCCAGGGUGCUAAUAACUAUGUCUUUAUCAUCAUGGACGGCAAUGGCCUUAUUUUCGACAAUCGAUUUAUCAAGCAAGGCCGCGAAGGUGGUAAGCAGGCGGCGCAUGCUCUACUUCUCUCGGUAGCGAGGCUUUGUCCUAGCCUGCCAUCGUCUUUCGAAAUUUUCUGCGACGUUCUGGUCAACAUUGCCGAGAUGGGCCGGGCCCUGGUGAAUGAUGGCAGCAUUGAUGACCCAAGUCUUUUUCAUGAAUUUGCUAUCGGCUUUACAGAGUCCAAGUCUUCUUUCAACUUUAUUGAUAUUGGCUUGAGUAAAGGAACACUGGUUCGCAAGAUCCAAGAAACGGCAAUAUGGCAUUUGGGAUGCUAUAACUGUAGACACGUCAUGUUAGGCAUCGGCCAUGGUGCCCAAUAUGCUCCUUUUCUGCGCACAGUCAACGAGGCCGGGGAUGGCAGAAUGUGUGUCUCCGUAAUUCUGGGAGAACCUAUAGUACGCGAAAUCGAGGCCUGUGGCAACACUGUUCAUGCGCUUGACGGCAACAUCUUUCGCACGACCAAACUCGUUGAUAAGACUUUGAUAGAGAAACCGAGUGUCCAGCUUACCGAGGCGACUAAACCCCAGGGUUCACCGGUAGCUCGCGCUGCAACGACACAAGCAGUACUGACGCCCGCCACGAGUACUUCGUCCAUGUCGCCUCCACAAACUUCCUGGGCCAAGAUCACGAAAAGCGCCACUCCCCCUCCCAAACUUACCAUGCCUCUACCUCCCAAACAGGACAAGACCAAGCUUGCGAGUAAGGUACCUCCUCAGCCAGCUUGGAGCCCUGGACCUCGGGGCCGUGAUCCUCCCAUCACAGUUGGUAUUCCAGCCAUGGAAGACAUAAAGCGUCGUGAGGACUCCGACAAACUUUGCAACAACCACUUUCUCCGUGGUCCCUGUACCAGAAUAGGUGCUUGUACUUUCAACCAUACGUUCAAGCCGACAAAAGAGCAGUUAAAGGCACUCGCAAUGCUCGCCCGGCAGAAUCCCUGCAUCAACGGACAAGAUUGCGAUGUCGACGACUGCAUAUAUGGACACAACUGCCCAAAUGUAACGAAUGGUGUGUGCACUCGGUCGCAUUGCAGAUUUAAGGUCGACGGCCAUCCACCAAAUACCAAGUUUACCAACAGCAAGAUACACGAGAACUAGCUAUAGCCAUCAUGUGUAGCGUUUGCAACAGGUUGCACGGCACUCGGCUGGCACAGUCUCGGACUUGAUCCGGUGUACACUAUAGUCACUUCAUUUCCUGAUCACACAGUUUUUAAUGUUCAUUAUACGAAGGGCUAGGAAGUUCUACUACGCCUGCGGCAGGCUUUGCUACGGAAUGGGAUAACUGAGCUUCGAUAGAUUGAUUGACUUUAUCAUUCAUACUUGUCAAGUUGCUGAUGUGAUUUUUUUUAUCCUCGGUGAAGG